AUGGCUCAAGUCAACCUCUUCGACCUCCAGAAGCGUCGCGCAUGGUGCUGCAUCCAUUGGACUCGAGGGUGCUUGAAUUGGGUGAACUGGGAGGACUCGGCUUGCCACAAGUGCAUCUCACAAGGCAGGGAUGCCCGUAAGCUAGAUGACCCGUCAGCACCUCUCGAGCCAGAGACCAAUGAUCUAGACUACCUUCCAGCUUUGAAAGCCGCCUAUCUGCUACACAGGUCUUUGAACGGCAGACAGUGGCUACCGAUCAGUUUAGCAGGUACAGAGCACUGUCUCCUCGACGAGCUACAUGUGGCUACAUAUCAAGUCCUGGAAGCCAUGAGGAGCACCAUAGAGCGGACACCAAGGACCUCUCCUAGGCGACCAGCGGCCGACAAGCUCCAGGCAGACUAUGCAUCGUACCCAAAGACACUGCCAGGCGUGCUACACUUAUUUAGAAGCCACUCCGUGGAGGCCGGAGUGCAGUUCUUCCAAGACAUCGUGGGACAAGUUCAAAAAUACGCAGGUCCUGCUUAUUCUGGCGCCAUGAUCAUCACCGCGAGUCCCGGCGUGAUCGACUGGCUGCCUCGACCAGAAUCAUUCGACCACCGCAAGGCCAUCCACCAGCACAGGUACCAAGCAUGGAAAAUGGCGGAGACCGUCCUCGUCAACAACGUACAAGUCGAAUGCAGGCCUUCCAUGCUCAACAAGGCGUCGAUGUCAGAAAUGUCAAACGCACUAGAUCGCGCCGAGCUGGCGCUGGCCAGAGCAGUUGCUCGAACACUGGAGAAGUACUCCGACGGUAGGGAGUAUGAGGCUGCGGUCAAGCUGCAGACUGAGAUACGGAAGUAUCGACUCGUGCUCCGGGAGACCACUUCAGCUCCGCCAGCACGCGAUGAGCUUGCCGUGCUGCUUUGCCGAGCCCUGGAGACCGUCACGUACAGUACCACUGUCGUCGAAGAGCAGCGCAUAGUUGUCCGAGAUCCGCCUGCCCACUUCCCGGUUUGA